GUGAUUUUCAGUUGUCUAAAGAGCCUUCAUAUAUGAUCUAACAGGAAAAGACGGUAGUACUCUUCUAAGGAUGCACGGACAUAAACCAGCAGAAGUUGUCACUGCUCGCGCAAUCGCUUGAGGAACCAAUCAAUAUGUAGCGAUCUUGACGCGUCACAAUACAGUAAUGUCAUCCGACCUUUUCGCGUCACUUAUACACGUAUACAUACUGUCAAAGUGAUCAUUUGGCACUGCAUCCCUCUUUCUCACCUUUUUUAUUUUUUCUUCUUUUCUAUACUUCUCUUUGAUGUUUAAGACCACCAAUUUUUCCUCUAGCUGUUCAAAGUGGUGAGUUACGUGUUCCAUCGCUAUAUUUAAGAGUCUGAAAGAAGGUCAAUAGCACACAGACUGACACACUUUAGUAAGCAUACUUUACCGCUGUAGUCCAUGUCCAGCAGCAACCAACGACCUGCAGCAUUGCUGCUUGGUGAUGGGGUUGUAGCAAGAACAAGGACACGACGCCAAACAAAUGACGAUGAUCCGGCCAUCAUCCUGGGGCUACUAGAUGAAGUACUCCUAAAGAAACUUGAUCGCUUUCUGGAAGACCAUCACAAUAGUUCAGAAAAAGCAAUACGCACCAAGAUCGAAGGUAACCAUAACUUGCCGAACGGGACGAUGCAGAGUGUAGCGCAAUUUGCGAACGAGCAGUACCGAUUGAACAUCAGCGCACAACAAGCUGGCAAUCUGUUGCGUACACGCGGUUGUGAUCCCAAGAAGCAGUGGCAAACAUUUUGGCUACAAAAUCUACAUGAUCGCCUGUCGAGGGAAUUGACUGACAACGACUCAGAAGACACAGAACAGGAAGAGCCCGAGGAUGUCGAACAGGAGGGCGGGCAUGAAUUACAAAAGAACACCGACGAGUCCGACUUGUUAUAUCGUACGACAACACCGAUGGGAUUUCCAAACAUAUUACGCUCAGACGUCAACGCAAAGUUAUUUCAUGAUACAGUCAUCAGCAAAGCUAAAGCAAUCACGACAAACAUUCAAAUCUCAGCAUCAUUGUCUACGCAACCAUGUACGCUUCUACCCAACGAAUACAAGAUCAAAAACAAGACUGCACUAGACCAACAGCGUGAAAUUUGUGUACCUAUGGUCAAUCAAGAUCUAAAAGGGCUUAAAGAGGAAGAAAAUGGUUCCAGAUCGCCUCAUCAACGUGAUAUCGAAGGGCUGUUAUCAAAACGACAUCUGUACUAUUUGAAUUCGCACCACUUUGGGACAAAACCAAGACGACUACCGACACUAUUCACCCUGUAUGGCAUACCCUUUGUUCCAAGAACCCCGGCUUGCCAGCAGCACCAUCAGGCUUGUCAGGAACGAUCGAGGCGUCGAUAAACGAGUACAGCACCAACCUCAACAACAUGUGGGCGAGCGACAAGAUUUUUAAAGCAGCCCUACAUCAUCUGACAUUGGAUCUGUUGCGCAUCAACUUGGCGACAAAAAAAGAGAAGGAGAACGUCGAAAAGGCCGAAAAACUUGUCAAGGAUGCGCGGGAGCGUGAGGAAAAAAACAGAAAUACACCAAUCAAGUAUACUAUCCUACAACUGCGGUCUAAGCAACGCCACGAGUGCCGGCAGAUAGCGAAGCACCUACAAUUAGAAAGUCAAUAUCCAGAACAAACAGAAAAAUUUGCUCAACGAAUUAAAGCAUGUAUG